AUGGCGUACACGAACCAAGAAUAUUACGACAUGCUGAUGGCACUUGGCGAGUGCCAUGGACAGUAUCACGCGGCUGCAAGACGAUAUGCGGAAUUGUAUCCCAAUCGAGCAAGACAUCCGUCAGCUCGCGUGAUACUUCGAGCAGCUCAGAGACUCUACGAAACUGGCAGUGUCCUGGUAAACAAACACGAUGGUGGAAGAGAUCGUGAAGCAAGAAAUUUACGGAAUACGGAGGCAGUUUUACGUGCUUUCGAACAGAAUCCUGAAUUGAGUAUUCGGAUCGUUGCUCGAGAACAUAAUUUGUCACGAGUAACUGUACAUAGGAUAUUGCAAGAGGAAAAGAUGGACGUGUGUCUGGCCUGGUUCGGGUAUUGCAUCAUGUCUCAUUUUUUGAAGAGCGUUUCUGGCUUCAACUGUGCUUUGCAUUACAUUACAUUUUUGCGGAUCUCAUCGGGGAUAUCCGACAUGGGCGAAAUCUUAAUGGAGGACACCAACAUAGAAUUAACGGCCCUGAGGGCUGAAGUUGAAAAACUGAGACAACUUUUAGAACUUCAGCCCUCAGGACCAUCGGUGCCGUCAGAGCAGCCCAUGCCGCCUGCACAAGGGCCAGCGGCGACGCAGCCGCCCGGACCGGCCGCACCGGGACCAGCGGCAACGCAGCCGCUCACGGAACCAACGGCCCCACAAGAAAAAC